AUGUUGGACGAGCAGAAGCAGGUUAGGCUUACGGACGCAGAUUCUGCCGAGUUGUUGAGUGACGAUGGGAGUCAGUCCGGGAAUAAUUCUGCCAGCCCCAGGGCCAACAAACAUUCUUCAGAUGUGGAGAUGAUGAGGGAACGGUUUGCGAAGCUAUUGUUGGGAGAGGACAUGUCUGGUGGCGGGAAAGGUGUUUCCUCCGCUUUAGCCCUAUCGAACGCCAUCACUAACCUUGCUGCAUCGGUUUUCGGAGAACAAUCGAAGCUAGAGCCGAUGUCGGAGGAUCGGAAGGCGAGAUGGAAGAAGGAAAUCGACUGGCUUCUAUCAGUCACCGAUUUCAUGGUAGAAUUGGUUCCUGUGCAGCAGAAAACAAAGGACGGAUCAGAAAUUGAGGUGAUGAUGAAGCAGCAGAGGAGAGAUCUUCUGAUGAACAUUCCUGCAUUACGCAAGCUCGAUGCAAUGCUACUCGAAACGCUCGAUAACUUCUCAAGCAAGCAGGAAUUCUGGUACGUAUCUCGACAUGCGGAUGACUCUGAAAAAGGAGUGCAGAAGGACGACGACAAGUGGUGGCUUCCAACUAUUAAGGUUCCACCAAACGGACUCUCAGAAGAAGCACGGCAGUUCCUGCAGCAACAGAAAGAAUCAGUCAUCCAAGUUCAAAAAGCAUCCAUGGCAAUAAACGCACAAAUCCUCGUGGACAUGGAGAUUCCCGAAAGCUACAUCGAAACUCUUCCCAGGAAUGGUAAAUCAAGCCUCGGAGAGUCGAUAUACAGGAGCAUUACAGAUGAGAUCUUUGAUCCUCAGCAGUUCCUGACCUCCAUGGAUUUGAGCGCAGAGCGAAAGGUACUUGAUCUCAAAAACAGAAUCGAGGCAUGCAUUGUGAUAUGGAAGAGGAAGCUUCACAACUACCACAAGGACUUAUUAGCCUCGUGGGGAUUAGCUUUAAGCCCUGAGAAGCGCGAGCUGUUCGAAGAACGAGCAGAGACAACAUUAGUCAUGUUGAAACACCAAUUCCCUGGGUUACCUCAAUCCUCUCUCGACAUAAGCAAAAUCCAACACAACAAAGACGUGGGGUUGGCCGUGCUGGAGAGCUAUUCGCGGGUGCUGGAAACGUUGGCGGCAACGGUAAUGUCGCGCAUAGAAGAUGUGCUGUACGCCGACUCGGUGGUUCGGAAUCCACCGAAAGAUUGUAAAGAAGAAAGGGAAGAGGAGGAGGUUGAAGUUGUGGACACCAUGCCAUCACCAACUGUGAGCAGCUGCCCCAGCCCAAGUCUUGAGGAGCAUCAGCGCUCGGGCGACGAGACCCCGAGCUCGGAUCUUGAGAAUGAGCCAACAGGUAGUAGUAGUAGUAGUAGGUAGUGGUUUGAGAAGCCCCAUCAUAACAUAUGCAACCAAAAAACACAUUUGAACCCAAGUCAGACACGCGCCUG